AUGUCGCGCAAUCCAGGCUACUCGCGGGCGGGUGCCAAUGGAGGCUAUGCCAAUGACAACGGUGGCUAUAAUGGCGGGGGAUACAAUGGAUAUGCUCCUCCCUCCGACCCAAACUAUGACGGUCGCCCAAGCGGGGAGCGACCACGGCGACCUGGAGGUUAUGGAGGCCUGAAUCCCUCGCCAGACGACUACGCACCGCGCCCAAGCAAUGAACGCGAACGCUCCCGACCUAGCAAUGACCGUCCCCGCCGGCCUGGAGGAUACGGGGGUCUCGCCCAAGAAGAAGAGAUGGAUAGGAGGCCUAGCGGCGAACGAGAGCGUAGGCCAACGGGCUAUGGAGGAGGCGGAUAUGCAGCCCGCGACGAGAGCCCGCGUCAGGUAAUGCGGCCAACCAGUCUCGACCGCAGCCCGGCCAAACGUCGCAGUGGAGAACGUCAGAAUGGCAGAGUACCUAGGAGUCCUAAUCCUGGACCGGGAAGUCAAGCUAUCGAGGAAGUCUUGCAAUACAUCCAGCAGAAAUGGGACUUUAUGACAAAAGACCAAUGUGUGCCCAUCGAAGUAGCCCUGAAGCUCAUGGACUCGAGCUCACUUGGCCUGGCAAGUCAAGCUGGCCAAUUCCAACAGACGCACGAUCAACUGCAAAACGCUUUAAAGGGCAUCGUCAACGAGCACCACCAGGGUUUCAAUAGCUCCAUCGGUACCUUUCACCAAAUUCAGUCCAGUUUGCAGAGCUCCCAGCACCGCGUCAGGACAUUAAAGGGCUCCCUCGUUGCGGCCAAGUCGCAGCUUUCCACUGCCAAGCCUGAACUCAGAGAGUUUGCAACUACCUCCCAGAACUACGAUGAGAUGUUGCAAAUGCUCGACACAAUCGAAAAGCUACAGCUCAUCCCUGAAAGGCUCGAGGCUCGCAUAUCAGAAAAGCGCUUUCUGACUGCCGUAGAUAUCCUACAAGACGCUCUACGAAUGAUUCGGAAGACGGAAAUGGAAAGGAUUGGCGCUCUUUCUGACCUUCGUACAUAUCUGAGCAACCAGGAAGUCUCUCUCACAGACAUCCUGGUCGAGGAGCUCCACAGCCAUCUUUACCUCAAAUCACCAUACUGCGAGGAUAGAUGGAAGGAAUAUGCCCAAAACCAGAUCAAGGGAGACCUCUCCCAGCGUGCCCAGGCUGAUGCCAGAGGUCGAUUACUUUACUACUACCUCGAUGGUCUUGAUACCUCCGAAGACAUGACCGACGACUCUGCCCAUAACCCUGAAUCCGACACAUUUCAGUACAUACGGCUUGUCAUUGAAGCACUGAACAAAAUGAACCGCUUAGACCUGGCGGUAGAUACCAUCGAGCAAAGGCUACCUGUCGAGCUGUUCAAGGUUGUUGACAAGUCCAACAACGAAGUAGCCCAACGACAUCCGAGCAUAUUGCGAGCAUACUCUGCAAAGAAGAGCGGCAAGUCAAAGACUGAGAUUGAAAGUGAAGAUGUUCGCUCAACUCUUUUGAAUGACUUGAUGUGGACUCUUUAUGCACGCUUCGAAGCCAUUGCGGAAAGCCAUAGAGUUGUACACGACGUUGUUGCGGGCAUCCUCAGACGGGAGAACAGAGCUUCAUCGAAUACGGCACUCACUCGUGGCUUCAAGGAGUUGUGGAAGCUAUACCAAAGCGAAAUUCGAUCACUUCUCCACGAUUAUCUUGCCACUGAUGGCGAGGCAUCCUAUCGGGACGGCCCGGGUCAGACAUCUGCUGACAGCGCCUUCUCGCGUGCGCCUCGAGACAGGAACAAGCGCAUGUUCAAGUUGUCCGACGUAGACACCAAAGCACCUGAGCUGUCACAAGAACGGGAAGACCUCGAACUCAUCUUGAAGACAUCUGUGCCUGGGCUAGUCUCCGACUCAAAGAGAUUAGAAGAGGUAACUACUAACACAACUGCCAACCUCGACGGAAGUGCAACUGGGCACAAGCUGCUUGUCGAGCCAAGUGUCUUCAACAUGGGCAUCCUAUUACCACCUUCCCUAGACUUCCUAAACAGAUUGAAGGAAGUUGUGCCCUCGAACGCCGACAUCAGCAUGAGUACCUUGACUUCCUUCUUGGAUGACUUCUUAGUGAACGUUUUCCAUCCACAGCUGGAUGAGACUCUUAUAGAGCUCUGUGCUCAGACCUUCAUGGAGCUUGACGCUUUCACCGAAGAUCCGCACUGGACGAAACAUUCCAAGAAGCCAAUCUUCAAGGGCACUGCGCAAUUCUUUACCCUCAUCACCGCAUUCUGCAAGAUGCUUGACAACCUCCCACACGAUCAAGCAUUCUCUCAACUCAUCGUAAACCAAAUGGAUACAUAUGCCCAGAAAUGUAUGGACUGGUACAACGCCCUUGUGAGCCGCUCAAAGCCCACACCCAGCGAUCGCCGCUUGAAAGCACCAGCUGUUUGGGCUGAGUCGGAUGAAAUGGAGGAGCUCAUCACUCGCCUGAUACACACAGAUCCCUCUGACCGCGAGAAUCUGAAACAAGCUAUAGAUAAAGAGGUUGCUCUCCUUAUUGACGCUGUAGAAGCAGAUGAGCCCCUGGAUCAAGCCGACAUGAUUCAGGACAAGAAGACCAUUGUCAGCCUCUGCUUGUUAUACACAAGUAUGAAAUGGCUAGCUACAAAGACGGCGCAGUUACGACACAUCAGCGACCGCGCCUCCGACCCAAACAGUGCAGAAUCUAAUGGCCAAAGACACAAUAGGCGGUGGACUCAGCUCGCCUCUUCUGAUCCCAGACCGGAAGGCGCCGCAGUCUAUCUACCACUUAGCGCGGAAACCGCCACUCUCUGUACUUCCAAGAUAGAACGCAUGAACACGAAUGGGUGUGCGCUAAUGCAGCUCAACAUUCUUGUUCUGCAACAGAACCUGAAGAAUAUCGAAGAUGGAGCUACCCUGCCCUAUGCUGCUCUGUUCUUUGAUUUGUUUACUGCAGGCCCAGAUGCGAUUAUUGCUCGGGCGAAACAGUAUGGCAGAAGCUUUGGUGUGCCCGGAGACAGGUUUGGAGAGGCAGAGGUCAAGAAACUACUACAAAUGACCUACGAGGAAAGGGUCAAUGGUGAUAACAGGGAGGCCAGUGUUCAGGCGAAGAGAGCUCUGGAUGCACAGUUGCUGGAGAUAAGUGAGUUUAUGUACUGA